AUGUCUGGAAAGGAGGAUUCUUCAGAAGAGCUAGAGGAUGUCACUACUAGUCAAUUUAGAAAAGAAUCUAUAUCGCAGUCAAGGGAAGAGCUGGAAUUUAAUAGUGAAACAUCAAGUUCAUUAAGUGAAACUUCCGAUAGCCUGGAAGAGGAAUCGUCCAGCGAGAGUUCUGAAACACCUCCUGAAAAUGAUAUAUUAGAGUCAACAACUUCCCCUGGAUAUAAGUCUAAGAGCAAUGACGACCUAAAGGAAAAGCCCCAAUUUUCUGAAACCAGUAUUAGAAAUGUCAACUCAGAGUCAAAAGAAAUUUUACAAGAUCCAUCAUUGUCAAUAACUAAGAUGACUGAAGAAUAUCAAUCUUUCUUUAACAAUCUAGCUCUUGAUACAUUAGGAAAAAAUAGUCCAAACCUCCUUAACGAAGAUCAGAAAGGACCUGACUUAGAGUCAGAUAAAUUGACAGUUAACCUUGAGGCUAAAGGUUUACAGGAAUUCCCGAAAAAUAUUUCAGAAGUCAAAUAUAUAAAAUAUCUAUAUUUAGACAAGAACAACAUAAAAACUUUUCAAAUAGACUCAAAUGAUCUGUUAGGACUUGAAAUUCUAUCCUUGAAAGAAAAUGAGAUAUUAUCACUUCCAUCUGAAAUUCAUUUACUUCAUAAUUUAAGAAUUUUAAAUGUCAGUCACAACCAAAUAUCACAUAUCCCUAAGGAAAUAUCACAGCUUGGGAAUAUCAGGCAACUCUUUUUAAAUAACAAUUAUAUUGAGAAUUUUCCUCCUGAGUUAGAAAAUCUUACAAAGUUGGAAAUUUUAAAUUUGGCUAGAAAUAAGUUAAGACACACACCAGGAACGCUAUCUAAGUUGAAGAAUUUGAGGAUUCUCAAUCUGGAAUAUAAUCAGUUAACAAUAUUUCCUAAAGCUCUAUGCUUCCUUCCAAAGUUAAUUUCACUAAACCUUAAUGGAAACCUGAUCAACAGUUUGCCAAAAGAAAUUCAGGAACUUAAAAGUUUAGAAAGCCUUUCACUUGAUCACAAUAAACUUACUUUUUUGGCUGUGGGGAUUUUUCAGUUGCUCAAAAUGAAAGAACUCCAGUUGGCCGACAAUAAGUUGGAAGUUAUUUCACACAAAAUUGGGAAUUUCCAGGAACUUAGGAUUCUCACACUGGAUAAAAAUUUAUUGAAAGAUGUAACAGAGAACAUUUCCCACUGUGUAAUGUUGGAAUCCCUUAGUCUUAAUGAUAAUAAAUUAACAGAACUUCCUAAGAAUAUGCACAAGCUUAAAAAUUUAAGGAAACUCCAUGUAAACAGAAAUAUUAUGUUGAAAAUAACUGAAGAUAUCUCACAUCUUAGUAAUAUAUGUAGUCUUGAAUUUUCAGGAAAUGUAAUCACAGAUGUUCCCAUUGAAAUAAAAAACUGCAGGAAAAUUACCAAAGUAAAUUUGAGCUAUAACAAAAUAAUACAUUUUCCAGUGGGACUGUGUGCUUUGGAUUCUCUUUAUUAUUUGUGUUUUAAUGGCAAUUAUAUUUCAGAAAUACCUGUGGAUAUAUCUUUCAGUAAACAACUGUAUCAUUUAGAAUUUAAUGAAAACAGACUCAUCAUAUUUUCUGAGCACCUAUGUUCCCUUAUUAAUCUUGAGUACUUGGAUCUUGGUAAAAAUCAAAUAAAGAAAGUCCCACCACUUAUUUCCAAUAUGGUAUCACUCCAUGUGCUUAUUUUAUGCCACAAUAGAUUUGAAACUUUCCCUACAGAAUUGUGUGCUUUAGAAAAUUUGCAAGUACUUGAUCUUUCAGAAAAUCGAAUACAGAUGAUCCCUUCAGAGAUCUGUAAAUUAAAAGGAAUCCAGAAAUUAAACUUCUCAAGCAAUCAGUUUGUAUAUUUUCCUGUUGAAUUGUGUCAUCUUCAAUCACUGGAAGAGCUGAGUAUAAGUCAGGUAAACGGGAGAAAGUUAACAGGACUUCCAGAAGAACUGUGUAAUUUGAUUCAACUUAAGGAACUUGAUAUCUCAAAUAAUGCAAUCAGAGAGUUACCAAGGAAUAUAGGGCAAUUGAGAAGUUUGGUUAGUUUAAACGCAUGCAACAAUCGAAUAAUAUAUCUUCCACCAUCUUUUCUAUUUUUAAAUGAUCUCCAGCAACUAAACUUGAGUGGAAAUAAUUUGAGAGCUCUGCCUAGUGGUAUCUACAGUCUUUUCUCUCUGAAGGAUAUAAAUUUUGAUGACAACCCUUUGCUGAGACCUCCAAUGGAAAUCUGUAAAGGAAAGCAAUUAUAUACCAUUGCUCGCUAUCUACAGAGAUCAGAUGAAAGAGAUGAGAAAAUCUUAGAGAAGAUCUUUGUGAUAGUUGCCAACCACAUCAGUGAAACACAUUUUGAAUUUUUAUGUCAAAAACUAAACCUGGCAAACUCAGAAAUGGAUACCCAGAGCAAUCUUACAUUAAGUGAAAAAGUCCACCAAGCACUUAAGUUAUGGAAAGCAGAAAGUGGUAAUUUAUCUGCAGAUGCUUUAAGAGACCAACUGACUCGGACACUAACUAUGAUAGGAGCGUAUGAAAUUAUGGACAAAAUAACAGCCUUAAAGCUUUUUACGCGUGCAAUUAAAUUCUAA